CUCGAUCGCCUCGAUCGUCAUGAGUUUACGUGCCUGGGACCUGGGAUAGUUUACAUUGUUCUCUUUGUUAAUUGUUUUCAAUACUACUGGUGUAUCAAUAUCUUUCGCAUUUGUCGCUGUUUCUUACUAAUUAUCGGUAUUGUGAUGAUUGAUGAUAUUUGAGCAUUAUUUUACUUUUUAUUAUCUAUAGAAAUAAUAUUUCUGAAUCUGUAGCUCCAGUGUGACCAAUAUAUGUCGACUCAUAAAGAUGUGGAGAAUUGAUAUGAUGAUAUAAGAAAAACAGAAGACCGAAAGUACAGGAGCUUAGAACUCGCUAAUAUAAAAUGAAAGUUCUUUUAAUAAGCGAUCGAACAACUGCCAAUAUAGUUCUUUCGCAAUGGACGUUAACAUCGGCUAUGUGUGCGAUCCAGACGAUCUACCUGGCGCACUUGUGCGAGCGUAUGUACAUUUGGGAACAAAAGAAUUUUCUCACCGAAAUGAUUACAAUAUGUAUCUGUUGUGGAAUGGCGGUUCGAGCAGCUCAUCGACAGGCUUAGAUCACACCACGUUUUACUUCAAUAUAAGACCGGAUAAGUUAGAAGGCGUUUUUUCACUUUACACAGUUUUUCUUAACGCCUCUCUUUAUAGAUUUAGAACACCUCUCUUUAUAAAGGACCCCGCACAAAAACCUAUGGAAAUGGGUUCUCGGCGAAUUUGUCUGAAACUUUGGGAAAAUGUUGUUCAUGUCAUCUUGAUCAAAAGUUCUCAUGGCAACAACUCUCUUUAAAACAGUAUUUUGGCUCCAGGAGACCUCAAAGAUGGAUAUUUUAUCACGCGAUCACAGAUGAUUUCACCCAUUCAGCUUUCAGAAUAAUGAUUGUGUGUGUUUGUGUGUGUAUUGCAUAACCCAUAAAACCUAUUCGUAUGUAUUUGACCGGAAAUGAAUGUCCGGGAAAGAAUCUACCAUAUGAAAUCGUUUGUAUUUCGUAUGAAGACUUUUGAAGUGCAAUUGAAAAGAGGACCUCCGUAACGAGAUCAAAGAUGUACCAGCUGCGCAGGGUGAAGAGGUUAUCUCAAACGCCCUGCCACAGCCCAAUUGAGCGACUCAAAUGUCAUUACCGCUGAGAAGUACUUCUUGCCAUUUGAAUCAGUAUGUCAGAGCUAUAGUCACUACGGAUUGUGGUGACACAGCACUGGACUGCCUGCAGAAGUUAAUCGCAUAUAGCCAUCUCACUGGUAAUGUGCCUGAUUCAACGGAGCUUAACAAGCUGCUGAUUGUGCGCAUUGUCGAGACAAUCUACGGUUGCUUCACUGGUCCACAGAUCAAUGAGGAUGUGCAGCUGCAGAUUAUUAAAGCUCUGCUGACUGUAAUGACAAGCCAGCAUGUGGAGGUACACGAGAGUAAGAUGAUCAACGUGAUCUUCGCGCGAAUGGAGACUCAGGCGGAGGAAGAGAUCGUAAGACUUGAUGGGGAACAUCAGCAGGAGGGUUCUGUCAUAGCAAACGGCGAAACUGAAGCCGAGGUUAGUCCAAAGAAUGCUCAGUAAUGAUAACAUUGAUUUUCAAACAUUUGUCAAGAGUAUUCUUGAUGAUGUGGUAAAAUCCGUGGUGCCAUUGGAAGAGGAAGUCAGUUUGGAGAACGGCAGUCCGGAGGACAACGGUGACGAGGCAGCCGCUGAGAAUGACAACAUGAUAACUGCAAAAUUCACCUAUGUGCUGCAAAAUGAUGCAGUCCUGGUGUUUCGCGCUCUCUGCAAGCUCUCUAUGAAACCGCUGCCGGACGACACUUCCGAUCCAAUAUCGCACGAGCUCCGUUCCAAAAUCUUGUCGCUUCAGUUACUUCUGGGAAUCUUGCAGAAUGCCGGUCCAAUAUUGCGCUCUAACGAGAUGUUUGUUAUCGCCAUUAAACAGUACUUGUGUGUCGCGCUGUCGAAGAAUGGCGUGUCUUUAGUGCCGGAAGUGUUCGAGCUGUCGUUAGCGCUGUUCCUGGCGCUGCUCGCCCGUUUCAAGAUGCACCUCAAGAUGCAGAUUGAGGUGUUCUUCAAGGAGAUCUUUAUGAACAUCCUCGAGACCUGUAGCAGCUCUUUUGAGCACAAGUGGAUGGUCAUACAUGCGCUUA